AUGCUCCUAGGAAACACAGUGCUUGAAGAGAAUGUCUUUGGAUUAGUGGUCUUUUUUUACCUCUUGUGUCUGGUAUUGAUUGCGGAGAAUGGCUAUAUCCUUAUAAUGCUGGCCAGUGAAUGGGCAAGGUGUGGGAUGCUUCCUCCAUGUGAUAAGAUCUUGACCUGCUUGAGUGCAUCUCGUUUCUUCCUGCAGUUGGUGGUGGGUGGAAAAAACCUGUACGUCUUAUUCUAUCCAAUGGUCUUCCCAUACAACACUGUACAUCAGUACUUUUCUUUCCAGUGGGAUUUUUUGAACUCUGUCACCAUCUGGUCCUCUGCUUUGCUCAGUGUCUUCUACUGUGUGAAAAUCACAACCUUCACCUACCCUGUCUUCCUCUGGCUAAAAUGGAGGAUCUCCGGGUACAUGACCUGGCUAUUGCUUGGCUCUCUUGGCAUCAGCUUUGUUAUUGCCUUCCUAUUUUUCAUUGGCAAUUACCAUCUCUAUAGUGUCUACUCAGUGAAGAGUCUUCUAUUUCAGAAUUACACUGGGGAAAAUUUGAAAAGAAAUUUGGAAAGAUACUACUUUUUCCCUUUGAAAGUAAUUACUUAUUCAAUUCCAGCCUCCAUCUUCUUCCUUUGUAUGAUUUUGCUUAUCACUUCCCUGGAAAGACAUAGAAAGAAGAUAUUGCAUAGCAAUUCUGGCCUUUGGGACUUCAGGACCCAGGCUCACACCAGGGCUCUCAAGACACUCAUCACUUUCUCCAUCCUAUUUGCAUCUUAUUUUUUUGCAUUAAUAGUCAAUGCUUCAAAUAUCUUGCCAUCUGAGAAGUCAUGGUACUGGGGGUGGCAGGUUUUGAUUUACCUAUGCACAACAAUCCAUUCCACAAUUCUGAUCCUGAAUAACCCCCGGCUAAGAGAUGGGCUAUUUUAA